GUAGCCUUUUUCCCGUUCCUCUUCCAACACCCGAACGACCGUCGUCACCCUAACGUCAUGGUGGCGCUCAAGUGCCGCAACUUCUCCCGCCUAGUGCUGAUCUUCACGAAUGUGCUCUUCCUCGUGCUGGGAGGGCUUCUCAUCAUGAUCGGCGGCUACAUGAUCUCCUCCCCGGACCUCAACGAGUUCACGUCCGAUACGAUCUCGGGCGCAAUCAUUGCGUCCGGCGUGUUGAUUGUGCUCGUGGCCGUGCUGGGAUGCUGCGGCGCGCACUGGGAAAGCAAAGUGUUUCUCUGCCCAUACGCGACCUUGGUGACAGUGUCCAUCAUGUCCCAGCUCGCCCUUGCGGCGUUCAUGCUCCAACUGCACAAGUCCCUCGUCAAGCUAAGCGACCUCGACUACGACGUACAACAUGAGGCGUUGACGACGGAAGACACGGCCAUCCUGAGCGAACUCCAUCGAGUGUUCAAGCACGCGUACUCCAUGUGCGCGCCUGAAGUCGACCUCACCAAAACGUUUGCGACCGGCGCCAUGGCGGUGCAAUGCAUCGGAGGCGAUUCUUCAUACAAUUGGUUUGCCGACUUUGUUUCCCAGCGGUGCAUGAUCACCGCGGCCGACUUGAUGCCGAGCAGCCCAUUUCAAAAGUGUGCCGGCGAAGCCAUCGUUCAAAAUGUGACCAUCUUGGCCGAACAAGCGCUCUUUUGUUCGUGCGAAAUCAAACUCGUUACUUGGAUGGACAACCAAAGUGAAAUGAUUGGCGUGGUGGUGGCCGCCAUUGGAGGCUUUGAAAUGGCGCUGGUGUUCCUGUCCUGCUAUCUCAUGUGCACCCAGCGCCGCCGAUCCAAAGGCUACCAGGAGAUUCGCAUGCCUCUCAAGAUGCAGUACAACAACGCGCAUCUAUAUGACACUAUGACUGCACCUUACCAGCACAAUCACACUCAAACUGCGCCACCUGCUUAUGCACCUCUGGUCCAAAACACUGGGUGACGACGACAUUGGAUUUGCAAUAAUGAUAUACUUACCAUAUACAGUGU